AUGGACCGCGCGGCCAUGGAUAAGCCUACCCGCGCCACCGCCGGCGACGCCUGCACCAACGCCCACGCCGUCGCCUCCAGGGACCCCUGCACCACUGACGCCGCUACCGCCGUCCCCAGCGGUGCCAGCGCCAGGAACGCCGUCCGCGCCUCCUCCGGCGACACCGGAACCACCAACGCCGGCGCCGACCCCGCCAUCUCCAUCAACGCCAGCGCCACCAUUGCCUUCGCCGCCUUCCCCCGUGGCGCUAGAGCCACCAGUGCCGUCUCCGCCUUCUCCGGCGACGCCCGAACCAGACCCGCCAACGCCCUCCCCACCCUCCCCACCAACGCCAGCGCCACCGUUACCUUCGCCGCCUUCCCCGGCGACGCCCGAGCCGCCAAGGCCGUCUCCGCCUUCUCCGGCGACGCCACGGCCACCAAGGCGGCCCCGGACUCCGCCAGGUGUCCCGGCCCCAGCCGUGCCACCAUCCCCGCGAAGGACGCCAGAGCCACCACCCGCAACGCCAUCUCCGCUCGCCCCGGACCCUCCAGGGGCGCCCAAACGGCCGCCCUUGCCGCCUCCUGCACCGACGCCACCAUCUCACCGUGGCCGCCCGGCUCCUCCUGGCGUAACCCCGUCGCCGCCGAACGUCGACGGACGACCCCGCUCGCCGCCUUCCCCGCCGCCGCUCACACCUCCGGCGCCUUCAUCGCCGUCAUCGUCGUCGCCGCGGUCGUCGCCGUCGCCAUCGGCUACGAACGGGACCGCAACGUCUACGGCGCCGGCCCCGGGCUGCCGGUGACGUCGAAGGUGUCGUCAGCGCCGUUCACGUCCCCGGCGCAAGCGUACUCGCAGUCGCAGCAGACGUUCCCGCCGUGGGACACCAGCAGCGGCGUCCUCUCGGGCCCCCUGCGCCCGCCGCCGCCGCCGCCGGUGACCGGCGGCGCGGUGUCGUACGCGGAGCUGGCCGCGGCGACGGGCGGGUUCUCGGGCGCGAACCUGCUCGGGCAGGGCGGGUUCGGGCACGUGUACCGCGGCGCGCUGGCGGGCGCCGGCGAGGUGGCCAUCAAGCGGCUGCGGCCCGGGAGUGGGCAGGGCGAGGUGGAGAUCAUCAGCCGCGUCCACCACCGCCACCUCGUCUCCCUCGUCGGCUACUGCAUCCACGGCGACCACCGCCUGCUCGUCUACGAGUACGUCCCCAACAAGACGCUCGAGCUCCACCUGCGCGGUGAUCCUAGGAUCAUUCACCGCGAUAUCAAGGCGGCCAACAUACUCCUGGAUUACAAUUUCGAGCCCAAGGUUUCGGACUUCGGGCUGGCCAAGAUCCAGCACGCGGACGACACGCACGUCUCCACGCGCGUGAUGGGAACCUUCGGGUACUUGGCGCCGGAGUACGCCACCACCGGCAAGGUAACCGACCGGUCCGACGUCUACUCCUUCGGCGUCGUGCUUCUGGAACUCAUCACCGGGAAGACCCCUGUCCUGUCGUCCGAGCCCUACAACGACGAGACCUUGGUUUCUUGGUCAAGGCCAAGGCUGACGAGAGCUCUCGAGGAGGACAUCCUGGACGGGCUGACCGACCCAAGGAUGGGCGCCGACUACGACGCCGGCGACAUGAGGCGGCUCAUCGCCUGCGCCGCCGCCGCGGUGCGGCACACGGCGCGGUCCCUCCCGCGGAUGAGCCAGAUCGUGCGGUACCUGGAGGGCCAGCUGUCGGCGGAGGCCCUGGACGCCGGCGUGGCGCCGGGGCAGAGCGAGCUGCUGGAGGAUCACGCCGGCGAGCAGCUGCGGUGGAUGCGGCGGCUGGCGUUCGUGCCGGGGACCACCACCGGCGGCUUCCUCACCGGCAACAUGAGCAGCAGCUACGUGAGGGAGCCGACGAGCGAGUACGGCCUACACCCGUCGUCCAGCUCCAGCGACGGCGCCGACGCGAGCGAGGUGUCGAGCGCGCACAGAGAGGCGAGCCGGCCGCCGACCACCGCCGCGUCCAGCGCCACGGGCGCGGGGGUGGAAGGGCAGAACUCCGGUGAGUUCGGGGCCGACGAUGGGGGGAGCCGGCGCGUGCGCCCCGGAUGCGGUGGCGCGUGACGGAAGUUUCGAUGUCCCGUUGGGUUUUCAUUCUAGGGGUACACGUUUAGAGUUGCGACAGGGUAGUGCUAGAAUUUUGCUAGAGGGAAAUUAGCAGAAAGAAAGAAAAAGAAAGAUCGUUCAAGUGUAGAGUGGCAGUAGUUUCUGAGGAACUUUUCUUCAUAUAUGAAAACAAGAUACGUAGUGGAUGCAAUGAUUUCUCUCAUGAUCGGAUUA